AUGGCUGGCAAAGCUCGUUGGUCGAAGCCCUAUGGCUCCAUGAUGGUGUUGUACUACCCUAAGUGGAGAGACACAAGGGCGAAUGCAAAGGGAUGGGACAGGCCCAAGGUCAACACUCAACAAAUCGGCAACUGGUUCGCAAAUAAUAAGGCCGCAUUGGAUCUCGGAAUCAUUCCUGGCACGACAGAUCGCAAGUUCUCUCUCACAGAUGCUGAACGCAUGGCCAAUGAUGACGAUUAUCCCGAUCCGACUGAAGGUGAAGGUGGGGCUGAUCCCGCCACUGUGGACGACAAUGACGUAGAGCCAUUCUCGGUGGAGGAAGAUGCAGCUGAUGUGCGAAAGAAGACGAUGGGGCAGAAGUGGAUGGGUGAAGACUUCAUCCAGACUGUGGAGACAAAGAUGGGAGGAAAGGUUCUCAUCCUCCUGGCCUUGCUGACAGAGAAGCCCACGCAGAUUCGGCGCAUCAAGCUUCAGUCACCUGAUACUGGUGGCUUUCUGAAGUUCACCGACUCUGUCGAUGACUGGCAGAAAGAUUUGUGGAAGAAGUGGGGGAUGUGGGCAAUGAAUGUUAUGAUUCCCGAUGAGCUUAAGGAUAAUGAUGCCGAAGAAGAGGAUGAAAUCGCACUCACCGACGUGCAGCAUGAGAUCGAUGACGAUGGCAAUGCCAUCGUUCCUGCAUUUGAGGAGACGUGGAAGCUGACUCAAAAGCGUCAUUUGGUCCGGGCCAUUGUGACUCACCAGCAUCGAAAGAUUGUUGAUUCCAAGCGUGCAAAGUGCCCUUGGAAGAAGAUCAGUGAAGAUGUCCGCAAGUACAUUGAUGAGGCAUGUUGGCCGGACAGCAUGGUCUUUGCCGAACCUUGGAACAUCGGUGUUGACAACAUCGAUUUGCUCCUCAAGCACUGGGCGAAUCGACAGGCUAUUGGCUCAGUUGCUUUCCAAUUUCUGGUAGCAGCUGGUGGAGGUGAUGCCGUGAAGCCCAGGGGAAAAAAGCAGAAAGACGUCACUGAUAUGAAUGUUGGCAAUUCAGCAGAUGAAGGGGACCAGGAUGACAACGAUAAUGAGAUGGAGGUCGGAGUCAAUUGUCACACGAAGGGCAAAGGCAAGCAGCCUGCCAUAAGGAAGAAGCAUGUUCCCCCACAUUCUGAGGAGGAGUUCGACUUGGAUAAUGUUUCCAGCAGCGAGGAUGACUUAGUGGGGGUAAAGAUGAAGGCUGCGAUGAACAAGGCCAAGUCGAUGCACACUGCCAAUACUGCCUAUAAUGAGGAGGGAUGGCAGCCAUUUUUUGCACAGGAUCUUGUCGAUGUUCCUCGGAUGGGAGAUGCGAGUUCAUCUGGAGUUGCUGGUGCUCCGGCAGCAAUUGCACAUGCAAGGAAACUCUAUCCGAGGAUCGCCAAUCACCCGGAAGAUAUUAUUCUGUGGCCCAGGUCAAUGAUGGUUGAUGCCGACUGGUAUAAGCACAAUGUUAGCAGAAUUGUGAUCCCUCUGCCAGCAUUUUCACUUCCAGAUCCCGCUGAAAAUGAUGCGGCAGAGCUAGAGUGGGUUGACUGCCAGAAGGCGAUUUUACUGACAACAUCUGCCCGAUUCCAAGGCUUCAGGAUACUUGACCUCGAACAUAUCGUUCAGCGACCAUCAAUGGCACGGUUGGAUAAUCCGGGAUGUUUCGCUCCGCGGUUGCUGGCUGACGACACCGCUGCUAUUCCUGAAGAAUAUGUAAAGGUGUAA